CAGAAAAAGGGAUGUAUAAGGAUGUGAGGAUCACAGAAACAAACACAACUCUAUCUGGUUCCCUUGUACUCUUAGACCGUGAUUUUACCUAGGGACCUAUCCGUUUGGCAAGAGCAACUGAUUAUUUGGACUUUUUCUGCCUAAACCUUGACGGAAGUGACUAGAAGGAGAAGUGGACUAUGGACACAAAGCCAGUUGCAAGAGAUAAUGAAGGAGAAAAGGGGCAAGGAGAGAGCAGAGCGAAAGGACCAGAUAUAGUGGGUGAACCAGAAAGAAGUGUGAUCGAAAUAAAAGGAAAUGGAUUGUACUUCGAUAGUGUCGAUUUUCUUCAGCUGCUGAGAUUACUGCGCAUCAGUCUACCAGAGGGCAUUAUGUCUGACAGAGUAAUAGAAAUCUCAAAAACAGAACAAAGCAUCAAGUAUGCUGAAACACUCAUUCAAGACCUAGAAACCUUUAAACUUGUCUUCAUGAAAUCUCCUAGACUGGCAAGUAGGAAGGUGAAACAUGCUCUGGCACUUAAAGAGCAUGGAAAGGUGCUGGACCUGACCCGGCUGAUCUUCUUUGAAAACAAGAAGAAUGGAGAAGAAGAAAUUCAGAAGCAGUGGGAAAAAAACACAUCCAACACCGGUCAUGGAUUUAAGCUCAGGGAAAGUUAUAUGACGACACCCAUUUCAACUCCAUUGAUGUACUCCACUGCAAUGACCCGGACCUUGAAGACUCCACAGGCUGGGACAGACUCUCCACGGGUCACACCGGGAACAAGGGUGAAGACUGGGGACAUUGAGAAAAUGGAGUUUGUAAAUGAGGCAGAACUGUGGAAUGGAGAGAGCUCUGCAAAAGGGUUUGGUAGGAACACAGCAGAUGAGGCAGAGUCACUAAAGUUCUUCCUUGGCCUACAAGAUGACAUAGUGGAUUACAAGAAAGCACGUUACACCAAGGGAAACGUCAUUGAGUAUGGAUUCCUUAAAGGGAGACUAGAUUUUCUUGCAGAGGUCAACAAUGGACAAGAGGUAAGCAAGAGGCUCGUGAUUGAGUGUAAAAGCACAGAAGGUGACGAGUUCUACACCAAAAUCCCAGACAGCCAAAAAGCCACUAUUAAAGACCUAGACCACAUGUACUACAUUCAAGUACAGACUUACCUUUACCUUCUUGAAGAGCUAGCCAAGAAAGAGACUUCCCACCCUGACACAAGGGGUGUGAUGAUCUUUAGGCACUACCAUGAGGACUGUGAACCUCCCAGAGAUUUCCACUGGACCUACCUAGAGACAGACAGAGAACUGCAGGAUCAAAUCAAGAGCCUGCGUGUCUUUUGCAAGGAGGAUGUUCUGGGCUGUUACUUAGCAGUGCUCAACCUAGUCUUUCAGAAGGAGAAAAUCUCCCAGCUGGGCACAAGUGAAAAUGUGAGUGAAUCUAAACAUGAACUCUAAAUUCUAUAAUAGGCUACAAAAACUCUCUCAAUGUUUCAAACAAACUAUUUCCACAGUCACAUUUCAAAUAGAAUGGCCCCAGAGCUGGUGAGAAAUGCUCAGAAGAACCCACACAUCACUGCAAAAGAGCUUGUAGGAAAAAUUCACAGAACAAGAUGUUCUGCCCCCGUUUUAAGACAAUCAAUCACAAGUCAAAAUCAGACUAAACCGUGAAACUGCUAGAGUUGAGCAAGCUGGUUCCUCCAAAACUCUUAAAGCUUCAUGCCAAAAAGUAUACCAAUAUGUAUGCAGCCUAUAAUCAAUGUAUAUCACAUGUAUGCUGCCUAUUACUCAUGUAAUCAAUAUGUAAUCCAAUGAACCUAUAUCAUUAAUUACAGAUGAGCUUAUGGAAACGCAAGAAACCACAGUGUCAAAUGUAGAAUAUGUAAUCCAAUGAACCUAUGUAAUUUAUUACAGAUGAGCUUAUGGAAACACAAGAAACCACCAUUAAUCAAAUGUUAAAAGUAUGAUUGAGUAUGCCCAUAUAUUUUAUUAACUGCUAAUUUGUGCUAGAAGUAUAGUGACCCAUAUGUAACCUGAAGAGCUUGCUGCCGUGGUGUCUUUUCCCUCGAGAAGUUGUUUUUCAACAAAUUAGAGAUCGGAUCGGUGUUUCUUAGACACGACAAGCUGUCAAAAAGAGUAGCAAACACAGGUCUAGAUGUUCACAGGAAAACAUAACAUACUUUAAACAACAAAAACCUACAUGGCAAAGUUACCAGAAAGAACGACCUCAACACAAAAUUAUGCGUCUGAAAUAUGCAAAAGAAAACAUUGAGAAACCUGAAGCAUUUGGAACAAUGUGCAUUAGGCUGACAAAAGCAAAAGUGAACCACCAAAGGUAUGUUUGGAGAAGAAAGGGUGAAGCUUUUGAACACCUUGCCAACUGUGAAGCAUGGAGGUGGAUCCAUUAUGCUUUGGGGUUGUGUGGCAGCUGGGGACAUCGGAAAUAGUGUGUGAGUGGAAGAAUGGAUUCAACCAAAUAUCAAGAAAUUCUACAAGCAAAUAUUCAAGGUCAGUCCAGACAUUGAAGUUGAAGAGAGGUUGAGUAUUCCAGCAAGAAAAUGAUCCGAAGCAUACCUCAAAAUCAACCAUGAUGUACCUCCAGGAAAGACAGAUGAAGGUUUUGGAAUGGCCACCAGAAUAUUGAAUUGAAUAUUAUGGAAAAUUGAAAGACUCUUAGCUGGCUACAGGAAGUGUUUAGUGUUUUUUUCCUUUUUU